GGUUAUUAUAUGACAGAAUAUUCUAUUCUCCGAAAAGGACCAGGGAGCCAACCUAAAUCCACGGGCUGUGCCGUAUAUACUAACAUUCUGGGAGAGUUUACUGCGCGUGAGUUGCGGUACGAUAGUGAUUCCCUUCUCGCUCUGGUAGGCGUCUUAAACUACCUGCGGAGGACCGACGCAUGCCUUAAGCACGUCUGGGGCAUCCCCUGGGAUCUUAACGAGAAGUAUAAUAGUGACCUUCGGGGCGGUUCCAUGUUGGCGUGCGACAUUUUCGCUACGGGACUCUGUUGGAGCCACGUCCGGGACUGUUGGGAUGACUCGGUGAAGCCUAGACGAAAGUCCGCGUUCCCUAGCCACAUAACUCCUACUUCCGUGCCCCCGUCCUGGACUUGAUCUGGGUGGGCUGGCCAGGUGGAAUGGAGAGGUCGCAGACCCAAUGGUGUAGACACACCCUAUAGCGUAGGGAUUAUCAGGUCCGUGAUACCAGAGCGUCGCUUUUAUCGACAGGACCAACAU